AUGACUGAUUGGAACGCAAAGCUUAUCUUGUCUAAUGAAGAUGUCAAGAACAAGGAUGAGAAUGGGAGCACAAAGGAUAACAUUCGUGCAUCUGCUGUCUGCAAGGCAAGGCGUGAAGCCGCUGAACAUGUUCGGGUUGUUGAAAAGUAUCCAUGGAUUAUCUCCUUUCCUACACAGGGCACCUUGUUUGAUCUCUUCGAUCCAUUGCAGCGGAAGAUGUAUUCACUGAAUCUUCCUGAUAUAGCUGGAAUGAAUGUUUGUUUCUCAAAAGAAGGGUGUUUACUUAUGCGCAAAUCAAGCUUUGUGGAAUUUUUCUUCUUCAACCCAUACUCCCGAGAGCUCAUUAGUUUGCCAAACUGUGAAUUGCCAUUUCAGGCUAUUGCUUUUUCUUCUGCCCCUACAUCAGGUACUUGUGUGUUGGUCACGUUAAACCCUAUUUCAGAAUAUCUUGUGGCCAUCAGCAUUUGCUAUCCUGGAGAAACUGAGUGGAUUAAUAUGGAGUUCCAUGUUCUAUUGCUUUUGACCCCAAUAUCCAUAGCAACCUUAUCUAUGCCAAUGGUCACUUCUACUGCUUCACCGCGGGAGGUGUUCUAUUUGACUUUGAUCCAUCUUCUCGCACUCUGA